AUGGCAGUACUGUCCUCACUGGCUUUUGCAGCCUUCGCUCUAUCCGUGCCUCAUGUGGCGCCCCGAAAGGCGUCCAACACUACUCUCUAUUAUACGGUUCUGGAGGGUGAUAGCAUCUUCAGCAUUGCGGCCAAACUUGGUCGCGGAGUCUGCGAUAUCACGCGCGCCAAUCGGAUGAUGGACGCGGAAUACCUCUUCCUUGGGUUCUCUCUGGUCAUGCCGGAUGCAGUCAGCAAUCCAGACAAUGACACGUGCGUCUUACAAGCUCAGAACGCCACUGCAACCUGCAUCUAUGGUGGCCGUCUUGACUAUACCACUGCCGCCAAUGACACCAUCAGCCGAGUCGUCUUUCUGUCUUCGCCGGACGAGGUCCUGCCAGCCAACACGUAUACCAAUGCCCCUCAAUGUAUGCGCAGUGUUUGGACCAUUACAGCAUUCGAAUUCACCUACGGCGUGUGCAAGGACCCAGAGGAAAUACGGUACGACAGUUGGGCAGAUCAUCACGCUGAACUUCCAUUAAAACUAGAGUUCAGCUGUGGGAACGGCCGCAGACGAAGCCCUGGGGCUACCCUACCCCAUUAUUACGCUGCCUGUUGGGUGCAGGGCGUUGGCCGGUGA